UAAAUAUACAUUUCGAUGAAAGUUACGAUGAUGUUUCAACGAGAUUAGAAUCUCGAGAAGUUAUAAAUACUUCUGGCGUUCAGCCACUGAUAACAAACACGUAAAUCGUUUGACAGUUGUGUCAUAAAUGGACGACAGAUUGCAUAUGCUUGCGUAAUUUUCGCGUAAUAAAAUUCGCUCGAUCCUCCUUCGAUUUAUGAUCGAGUAAAAAUUGGCUGUGCGGUUAAACGAAUGGCGGACACUAAAAUGCUGCGGAGAGAUCGAUUCUAAUUUCUCGCGACCAAUUUGAUAAUAUACAGUUUGAUAAUAUACAGGCUAGGAUCAAAUCGUAAUAUGCUGUAGAAUCCAGCGCGGGAUAAAUUCAUCGGUGGUGAUAAGUAAUUUAAUUAGAAAAAAAUGUGUCAUUAAGAAACCAACGAGCGUGUAAGUAAAAACAGUCAAUUUGGCUUGUUAACCUUUCCUGCAAUAAGUCACUUUCUUUAAAUAUUUACACUUAUAUUAUAUAAUAGAUAUUGUUAUAAUGUUUUAUUCUGUGAUCGAAUUUCAACGAUAAGAAUUAGCAUAAUAAGUAUUUCCGCAUAGAAUUCGUUGAUAAAAGUUUGCUACGCACUGGGCCAUUGAAAAGUUGUCCGCGUUACUCCGCCAACGGUCCAUUUAUUACGCGUAUGUGACACCAUUUAUUGCAAAUCCAACUGUUUUACUGAUACCCUAUAUAUUAUAUAUAUUACUGAUGACCCAAUAUAUAUAUACCCGGAGGAAGAUUUAUUUACGCUCCGAUUUACGACACGUGUCAGGAUGCGUAUGAAAGCAUGGAGUCCGCUCGAGGUGAAGAAAAUCGUCCUUACGAUCGUCAUAUACGUACUUGAGUGUUUACUAUCCGUGACGUUACUGCCGUUCACGAUCUGGAAAUGGCUCUCCGAGAGGCGUCACUUGCUAAUUAUCUUGAGAGCGACCUUCGAGGUCGCGCUGGAGCUGAGCAUGUGGAUCAUCUUAGCCGGCGUGUCGUUGCUCGUGGCCGUGGCUUUCACGUUGGACGAGGUAUAUCGCGGCAAGACAGAGCUUAAGAGCCAACGGGAGUAUUUGCAUACCGGGCCGACUUCCGAUAACACGGACGACGACACAGUCUCGCGCAACCCGAGCUUCACACCAAUCGCGAAGAAGAGGAAAAUUGUCAGAAGCUCGUAGAAUCCAAAUUACCCCGCGAUAAAUCAACGUUACCCGGCGUGACAGCGAUUUACUCUCGUUGCCUCAGCGCGACGAUGAUAUAAAACUCCGCGCGAAAUCAUUCGUCGUAACGAAUAUAAAAUUUAUUGUCCGCCGGAUUCACAAACGAUGCCUUACAACGAAUAAUUUCAAGAUAUGGAAUGCUGAGUCAUUGUGAAGCAACCGGUUGAUAUAUAGGCUAACAGCCGAAAUUCUUGCGCGUAUUGUGUGUGACACAGCUCGUGAAUUUCGGCGUAUCAGUUUUUCGAGAGAAGAAAAAUCAUGCGGGCGACAAAGAUAUUCCUCCUCACUGUAAGUUCUCACCUGUCGAUUUCUGUCGCGGCAAUCUUCCGAUGUUACGUCCGUGUGUAUCUAAUAAAAAAGAAA